AUGUCAGUCACACUCGACCACACGUCCUACCCAGCCAUCAUGGACCUCAUCGUCGCCCAAGCGUCUCCCAGCACGCUCAUCACCCUCCGCGCGACAUGCAGAGACAUGAAUGCGCGGAUCAGGCGUCUUAUGGUCGACGCGGUGCUCCACCGCCCGACGCCAGGCGGAAACCUCGCCCUCCACACCCGACACGACGGACGCCAGCUGCCCUUCCUCCCCGCGUACGUGCGCACGCUGGAAUUAGCGCACGACGUCGACAUUGGCGCCUUCACGGGCCUGCACACCUUGUGUCGGAGCGGCGGGUUCACGACCGGCACGCACCCAGCGCACAGUGUCGUCGACUUCCUCGACGUCGGUGUGUUCGCAUCGCAGUCUGCCAUGCGCACGCGCGUCCACACGCACCGCUGUGUCAUGCACUUCCGAUACGACCCAACCAGCACGGAUGACCUGUGUCUCCGCGUCAUGGUCCAGCACGAGGGCGUACGCGAGUGGGUGUUUGUCCUGCAGCCCUCGACGACCGCAACGCCAGAGUGGCCGCCGGCCUUCCUCCUCUCGACACUCGCAACCGCUCUCUGGGACUGGGACGGAGAGAAGCCAGUGUCGCUCACUGUUGUUGGGGGUCACUGGUCGACGGGGAAGGAGCUCUGGGCCGACAUGGUGCAUGGCUUCACGCUCGGCCGGGGGGAACGACCGGUUUUCAUUCGGCGUCCGGAGCUGGUGUUUUCGGCUAUUGGCGCCACGAGGCUGCUCACUUUCGAUGCUUGGUUGGAGGAACUGGGGUUUGCCAUUAGCUCGCUCGCCCUCCGGCUCAUGUGCCCAUGGAAGACGCCUUUCGGCUUCGCUGCAAAUUCCAAGAGACGCUGA